UUGCAGCAAUUAGUUCUCUAUACCACGUGUUUGAGAUCAAUUGCGACGUCAACAUUGUUUGUAUUCAAAACGUGUUUAAACCGAGUUACUGUAUUAAAAUCGAAUGAACUCAUCGACAGAAAAAAAAAAGUAGAAUUCGCAGGCAAAAUACGAAAGUCGAUUUAAUUAGUGAGUAAAGAAAGUACAUUGGGUUAAUAAAAUACGGGAGACGUAGAUUAUCGUGGCACCACGACAUAGUCGAGAGUUGAAACUCAAUGUCAUAGCAAAUCGCUCGAUUUAUGGACGACUAAUUGUAAGAGAUCUUACAUAACCAGUCUUUUAGGAAAUAGAUAAGAAUACAUAGUGUGAUAAAGAUAUAAUAAUACGUACACAUAGAGGAUAUCCAAUUAAAUAGUAAAUAAACAUUGUGAUGAUAGAACCUGACUUAAAUCGUAUAAUACAGUCGUGGAAACUUACGUUGAAAUGAUAAACGCGGAAUGAAUAAGUUUCAAUAUAGGCGAUCUAGUAAUGUAUACAGCGAACCGAUUAAUACCUAAAAUUUAGAGAUUUCAAAGUGUGAUAAAUUAAUAUCGAGUUCGUGAUCUUUACCGAGAAAAAUUGUAAAAUUCAGCGUUUCGUCAAACAAGACAAGCACCUACGUUCAAUUCUAAAUUCAAAUAAAUUCUGUCCCCGGUAUAGACAAUAUCAUGAUUAAACGUUUGUCGAUUGAUCGAUUAUAUGACAGAAAAUCGAAUCUCGAUAGGAGAUUACAUCUGAAACGGAUUAAGAUAUCGAUUCUUUGCGCGAAGGUCGAUCGAGCAAAAUAACGCGAUGGUAAAAGGGAGGAAGGUGGUGAGAGAGAAAGAAAGAGGCAAAGAGAGGGUUUAACCGAUAAAAAAGUUUAAAAAAGUAACCUCGUCGAGCGAAAGAAAUAUAAUUCUAUAAUCAACCACAUAUGCGAAUGGAUAUUUUAUUGCGUGAACGAACAAUUAGAAUAACAGAUAAACGUAAAUAGAUAAAGAGUAAGGCAAAAAAGUAAGAGAGAUAUGCAAGCAAGCAGACGGAUAGGAAGGCAGGCAGGUAGGCAGGCAGCUAGGCAGACGAGCAGGAAAGCAGAAAAGCAGACAGGUAGAUAGGCGAGGAAUAACAGACGAAUCGAUACAACAGUUUUGAGAACAUUAAAAAUCAGAUUUUUCGAGUCUAUGAAUCUGGCCACGAUUCGAUACACCAUCGAGGAUUCCCUUACAGAAGUACAGGAGAAUGGCUAUAUAUCCGUGGCAGCGAGUCACACGGGGUCCUCAGUAGAAGAUGAUAGAGGACCAGGUGCAUCAACAUCCGGUACGACUACCUCCCGACAAACACGCCCAUAUCGAUGUUACAGGAGCCAAAAUUGAAAAUGAUCAAUGUAAGGAACCUUUGCUUUCCGAGAAGCAAACUACCCACAGGGUAACGCCAGUUCGUGCUCGUUCGCGCACUAUCUCAGAAUCAACAGUCGGAAACACGAUCAUGGGCACAACUUCUGCCACAGGCACGAGUAUGGUUGCGGUGACGGCUAUGGGAACGGGCACGAAUGCGAAUGCAUGGAUGGACACCGUUGUCGGGGUGAAUACUACCACCGAUCCUACCGACAAAUCCAUCGAGGAAGAUUGCGUCGAGGUACCCAUAUUCGACGAGGGAACCACCGAUGGCGGCCGCCUCCCCGACGUCGUCGCUGAGAGUAAAAUCUACGGCGUAAACGGGGAUGAACCCCUCGAAUCGUACCUAGCGAUCACUAUUCAAGUUUUUAUACCGUUUCUUAUUGCCGGUCUUGGCAUGGUUGGAGCUGGAUUAGUCCUAGAUUUGGUUCAACAUUGGGUCGUGUUUGAGAAAGUGAGCGAACUUAUCAUUCUGGUACCAGCACUGUUGGGUUUGAAAGGAAAUUUGGAAAUGACUCUCGCAUCUCGUCUUUCGACUCAAGCAAAUCUCGGACACAUGGACGCGCCGAAAGAACAGUGGCACAUGAUCGUCGGAAAUCUCGUCUUGAUUCAAUGCCAGGCGAUAGUGGUUGGAUUUCUGGGCUCUGUGGUGGCGAUCGUAAUGGGAGCAUUCCGAAACGGUACCAUCUCGUUGGAUCAUGCAUACCUAUUAUGUGCAAGCAGCCUAGUUACCGCCUCUCUGGCAUCCUUCGUCCUUGGAUUGAUCACCGCAGGUGUGAUUGUUUUUUCCCGUCAUUGUCACAUAAAUCCGGACAACGUCGCGACACCGAUCGCCGCCAGUCUCGGUGACAUCACUUCCUUAGCCCUGCUCUCUUGGAUAUCCACGAUUCUCUACGAAUCGAUAAAUAAACAAGAUUGGGUCGCGCCUCUGGUGAUCGCUUGUUACAUCCUUGUCACGCCGCUCUGGGUAUGGAUCGCCAAGAGAAACAAGUACACCAACGAUGUCCUUUACUUCGGAUGGACUCCUGUAAUGAUCGCUAUGUUGAUCAGCAGUUGCGGUGGUCUAAUACUCGAAUUCAUGGUGUCGCGAUUCGAAAACCUGACCGUUUUCCAACCGGUGAUCAACGGUGUCGGUGGAAAUUUGGUAGCUGUGCAAGCAAGCAGGAUAUCGACGGCCCUUCAUAAGCAAGCCGAACUGGGAACGCUUCUAAUUCCACCGGGUCACACACAUCCUGUUAUCUUCAUUACACCUAUCGCUAACUUUUUUGGCAAAGGUAUGCACGCGAGAACAACAAGAGUCCUAAUGGCAAUGGUUAUACCAGGUCACAUCAUCUUCAUUUACCUGAUCAAUUAUAUGAAGGACGGCAACACCUCGUUAACGCCACUCUUCGUUUUUGUUUACUUGUGUGCCUCCACGCUGCAGGUUGCUGCUCUCCUGUACAUUGCUUACAUAAUGAUACAUUGGAUGUGGAAGCGAAAAAUCGAUCCCGAUAAUUCAGCAAUUCCAUACUUGACGGCAAUGGGGGACCUAUUAGGCAUCAGUUUAUUGGCAAUCGCUUUCCAAUUCCUGUAUCUCGUUGGAGAUCAGGAUUCUGAUCAGACGAUCGCUCCAUAAAAAUUGCAUUCUAAAUAGAUCGCAAAGAUUUCUUCAAUUAUUUCCUGUGAGGCGACGAUAGUUAUCGAUGCGUCGUACAAAAUAUCCUCUCUCAAAAAAUCAUUGACAUCGUCUUCGUCACCGGCAUCACCAUCGUCGUCGUCGUCGUCGUCGUCGCUGUUAUCUUCAUUAUCAUCAUCAACGUUAUCAUCAUCGUCAUCGUCAUCGUCAUCGUCAUAGUCGCCGUCGCCGUCGCUAUCGUCGUCGUCGUCGUCGUCGUCGCCAUAGUUUCCGUGGUUAUUAUCGUCGUUACAUAUUCUAUGUAUUUUUCCUUGUAUAAGGAAAAUUACAAGUUAGUUACUCGCUUUGUUAGUACGCCAUGUGGAAAGGUAAUACUUUUUUUGCACGAAAGAAAGCAAUACAUCGAAAAAAUGUAUAUGUAACUGAAUGAAGGCCAAUGCCUAAUAAGGCUGUGCUUUUGCGGAGGUACAUAUAUUGUAUAGUAAUAUAGAGCAUACCUUGUUGCCCGAAAUAUUUUCGUUUGAAUUAAACCGAAUUCUCAUGCAGUUGACUCGAUUCAACUUAGUUCGAUUCGGUUUGAUUCACACUACUUAGUCCCGUACCACAAUGAUUCCGUGAUAUUAUUUUCCUUAUUCAUCUAGUCGUGAAGAAAUUAAGUUUAUCAUAAUUGGACUAUGUAUGUACACGAGGUCUUAUGAUAAUCUUUAGCUAUAAAUAAUUUUAGACCGAUGGGCAAUUCGCGUUUUCGCGAAGAUUGUGAUCAGAGAUAAGUAAAGGAAGGAAAAGGCAUCCCAGAAUCCGGAUAUGAAACAGUUUAAGAAAAAAGAAUAUACGAGAUAUUAUUUCAGCUUGGAUACUACACUGAAUUUUGUUUUUAGUUGAUCAGUCGUUAAGUCGCAUAUGUUACGAACUGAAUGAAAUCCGCAUACCUAAUACUUGUAACAUCGAUACAAUGUGUACGUGUCUUCAAAUAGUUGCCUUCGUAUACGAUGGGAAUUAAGUAGGUAAUUUAAAUAUCGAGUAAUGUCCACACGAACUAUUUUUGAACGCUUUGAAUAACUUGUUAACGAAGUUAAGGGGGCGGGACACUGAGCGACCCUCCUUGUAAUAACUAUUAGCGCAUUCUCGAUCACUCAAUAAAAUCAGUCGCAGUGCGGCAUUGUAGAAGUUCAUAUUUCGCUAUGAUAGUUACACAUCUGCUAUAGUCCAUAAUUUCGCGAGUCUUCCACCGAAGCUAGACGAUUAUCGACACCGCAAAAUGUAUUUUCACUAUGUACACAGAUUAUAUUGAAUAUGUACCUCGAAACGAGUCAGGUUUCGUCAUAGGAGGUUUCCUUAGGAGUGUCGCCGAUAGAUACACGCGCAUGUUGAAAUGCAAACGAUACAAACAUAUACUUUGUCUCUUUUUUGUCUUAACACGCGUACACGAGCGUAGCAUAUGCCUAAAAUUUGAAAAACAUUGUAAAAACCAGUAGGAAAACCACACCAAAGAUUAGGCUAUAAAUAUAUCUUGACAAUAAUGUUUGUUUCAAGGAG